AGCGCCGUCUCGUUGGUCCUGCGGCCGUCCCGCCGUGCACCGCGCUUCCGGCUCGGCGGCUCCUUCCGGUGGCGGCCCGGCGUAGAGGACGGUCGGCAGGCAGGAUGUUGGCUUCAAGGGCGUUCAGCCUCAUCGGGAGAAGGGCCCUUUCCACCUCCAUCUGUCUCAGGGCCCACGGGCACGCUGGUGUUGUCAAAGCAGAGGACUUCAGCCUUCCAGCAUACGUUGACCGUCGUGAUGUUCCCCUGCCCGAAGCGGCCUUCGUAAAGCAGCUCUCUGCUCAGCAGAAGGCCCUGAAGGAGAAGGAGAAGGCCUCCUGGACCGCUCUGUCCGUCGAUGAGAAAAUCGAACUGUACCGCAUCAAAUUCAACGAGAGCUAUGCAGAAAUGAACAAAGGAUCAAACGAAUGGAAGACCGUCCUCGGUGGAGUGCUCUUCUUUCUUGGCUUGACUGGGGUCAUCCUCAUUUGGCAGAAAAUUUACAUGUAUGGCCCUAUUCCGCACACCUUCUCCGACGAGUGGGUGUCGAUGCAGACGAAGAGAAUGUUGGACAUGCGAAUUAACCCCGUGGAGGGCAUUUCUUCCCAGUGGGAUUUUGAGAAGAACGAGUGGAAGAAGUGAGGCAACUCAGUGGAACCUGCCCUGCUUGAAUAUGAAAUGAUUCCAUCACCUGCGUGUGACCUCGUUGCUCAUGUACUGGAACAACCUCUCCACCUAAAUAGAUGAUAAUAAACUUCUGGUUAACUUGAAA